AUGCCCUCUAGUGAAGAUUAUCGGCAAUUUCUAGAAGUGUUCUAUCCAUUUUUUCUUAUCACGUCACUGAUUAGUCAAUUAUUUGUGAUUUAUUUCAUUUUGAACUACACUCCAAAACAGUUACAAACACUGCGGUAUAUACUAGUGAACACUUGCGUUUUUCAAGUAAUCCACGUAUCUGCUUGCUACUUGAUGCAGUUUCGUCAAGUUUCUAACUUAGUUCCCAUGGAAGUAUGGAGUUAUGGAUAUGGCCGACAUUUCGAAGCAUUUGUUGGUUAUUCAUUGUAUCAUGUUGUACAAACAUCAACGGUUGCCAGUGGCAUUUCAGUAGUAAUGACGUUGUUCCUAAAGUACGAAGCAGCUAGAAAUGUAAAGCUCACAAGUUGGAAGCGAUAUUUGAUAAUUACAUGUAUCCUUUUACCAUUAGUCACUUCUGUGACACUGGAAAUAAUUCUUAUAAUCACGCAAUCUCUUCCUAAUGAAAUACGUGAACGCUACAAACUUAUUAAUGUCGACGUCAAAGAUCAUUCGGUAGUAGGAACUUUGAAUUUUAAAGUUCUUGCAAGUCAAGUUAAUGUAUGCAUAAUGUCAUCGUCUGUAGUUAUGUUGCCAAUUAUUGGGUUAAGCUCUCGAAGGAAAUUACUGGAGCAUAUUCAGAAAACAAGUGAUAGAGUGUCUCAGACCAAAAAUUCACAGAAUAAGAUGUUUGUGAAGGGUGUAAUACUUCAAACAUUUCUUCCAUUGUGCUUCUACUGCCCUAUAUCAUCCAUUUAUUUCUACUGCAUAGUCACACAUGAAGAAAUCCUCUUCCAGCAAUAUUUCAUGUUCUUGAUCCCAGCAUUUCCUGCAUUAUUCGAUCCUUAUAUCACUUUGUAUUUUAUUACACCAUAUAGAAAUCGUGUAAAAAUUUGGCUGCGCAUGAAUAAGGUGUCUCCAAAGUCUGUUACGUUAAUAAAUGUAAAUUGCAACUAUUAA